AUGACUGCUAACAACGAGUACCCAAAGGCUUCGAAUGCUACUUUAAUUGGAGCAAGUAUAACUUAUGCAGCAGGAUUAUUUCUUUUAUUAUCCUUUGCUGGUCCAUACUGGAUAGAAUCAUAUUCGGAAAUGUUUUCCCCUUUCAAACACAUGGGUCUAUGGGAGUAUUGUUUUGAUCGAUUUCGAUUUCCUUCAUUUCAGUAUGACAAGUUGUUCCAUGGUUGUCAUUAUAUAUUCAGCGAGGAGUAUUAUGUUAUAAGGGAGUGGCUACUACCAGGCUGGUUAAUGGCUGUACAAUCUUUUGUAACUUUAGCUCUUAUGCUAUCACUGACUGCUCAAGUUCUAUUAGCAGGUGUGAUUGUGCGCUGGCCUUUACGGAUAGUUUUACGCUAUGAAUGGAUUUUUGUGUCCUCGGCUUUUAUUAUGGUGGCAAUAUCAAGUUUAUUCCUCUUUUUGGCUGUUGCAAUUUUUGGAGGCAACUGUUAUCGCCGUGAUUGGUUACUUUAUCCUUCAUUUAAUGUACUUUCCUGGUCCUACGCAUUUGCCGUCAUUGCAUUUUUCCUAUUUGGUAUUGCUGCAAUUCUUCUGUUCUUAGAAGCUCGGAAGCUAUAUGAGUUACGUUCGGAAGCUAAGAACUUGGUUGCUCAAAUGCAGCACAGUCAACCAGAACAUGCAUUGCAUCAACUGCGUGACCAAUUGCAUCAACAGCAUCAGCAACAACACCUUACUUAUUACAGACAUUGA